UGCGUUAUCAUUACCCCGGCCUUAGAUUACUUUUAAGAGUUUCAACACUGUUUUGCUCUUUUGAAGUUCUUUAUUGUUAGACUCUGUCUCUUAACAUUUCACAUCCAAACUUGGAAGAAAAAAUGGCAAAGGAUAGGAGUAUCGGUGUGGCUUUGGACUUCUCAAAGAGCAGCAAGAAUGCUCUGAGAUGGGCACUUGAGAACUUAGCUGACAAAGGUGACACCAUUUACAUCAUCCACAUCAAUUCCAACUCUCUAGAUGAGUCCCGCAACCAGCUUUGGGCCAAAUCUGGUUCUGCUCUUAUUCCUUUGAAGGAGUUCAGAGAGCCUGAGGUUAUGAACAAAUACAGUGUUCAAAUUGAUAUUGAGGUUCUUGAUAUGCUUGACACUGCUUCCAGACAAAAAGAGGUGAACAUUGUUACAAAAUUGUAUUGGGGUGAUGCAAGAGAGAAACUUUUGGAUGCUAUUGAAGAUCUGAAGCUGGAUUCUCUGGUCAUGGGAAGCAGGGGUCUGAGUACAAUCCAAAGGAUAUUAUUGGGAAGUGUAAGCAACUUUGUGAUGACCCAUGCCCCUUGCCCUGUGACUAUUGUCAAGGAUUCUAGCUGCAGCAAGUAAAGAUGAUCAAUUUAGGAGAGCAUUUAAAUUUCGAUUGAUGUGUUUUUGGCACUGUACUUGAGCUCUAGUGGGUCGUAUUAUGUUCCUAUUUUGGUUUCAGAGUUGAGAAUUUGGCAUUAUAUUUGAAAUACUGUUUUAGGUUUC